AUGUCUUCUACUAUCACCUUGCCACCAGGCUUCGCCUUCACCCAGAAAGUUCACAAUGCUCCCUAUCCUGCCAUCGCGCCGUCCCCGCCCGAGCUCUCGCAAGCAGGGAAGACUGUGCUCAUCACAGGCGGCCACACGGGCAUAGGUUAUGCCAUCGCGCGGGCUUUCGCCCAGGCCAGCGCAAAAAGGCUUAUCAUCAUCGGCCGACGGGACAACCUGGUUGCCUCGGCCGCGGCACGCCUCGCAGCCGAGUUCCCCUCCACUCAGACAGUAGGGCUCAUAUGCGACAUAGCAAACGACAAUAUUCUUAUCGACGUCGUAGUGCUUAACGCAGCUAUUCUCGACCUAGGCAGGGACAAGGUGUGGGAAGAGUACAUUACCAAUGUGCGGACGCACCUUGACUUUACCGAACGGUUGUACAAGCAGCCAGGUGCUAAAGUCCGUCAAAAAGCACUUGUCAAUUUGGCUUCUCUUGCGAUCCACGAGAGUAAACUCACCGGCCAGUACCCAAGCUAUGCGGCCACUAAGAGCGCGGGGACAAUGCUAGUACAGCAGAUUGCUAAGGACGUCCCUCCGGAAGAACUCCAGAUAGUCAGCUACCAUCCUGGCGGUGUUUUCACAGAACUGGCAGAACUCGCGGGUUUCAAGAAGGAUGACCCUCGAUGGGAUGAUGAAAAUCUACCAGGGCAGUUUGCUGUGUGGGCCGCCUCUCCAGAGGCAAGGUUCUUGCAUGGGAGGUUUGUAUGGGCAAAGUGGGAUGUGACAGAACUGCUCAACGAGCCACUAAGAAAGCGUAUCGAUGAGGAUGACUCCUUUCUCAAGGUUGGGUGUUGUGGGGAUUGA